AAGGACUGGAAUGGGAGCAGAGAGGAGCGACAGAGAGAUUGAGCGAUGGAGUGACAGGAAAAAGAUUGAGUCCGCAGAGGAGAGCAGAGCAAGGAGAGUGCUUCUGGUUGUGUUGUGGAGGGAGAGAGGAGAGAGGCGUCGCAGGAAGGAUUCAGCUUGCACGCGCGUAGUCGUGGAGCGGGAAUUGAGAGAUUGUUGAUUGUGAGGGACGGAGGGAGGGAUGGUGGUGGGAAUGGGAGCAGGCUUGCAAGUGCGGGCCUGUUGCCCCUGCUGCUGUUCUACAUCUCCGUCGUCGUCGGCGUCGUUGUCAUCUCCCAGAUUGCAAUGCAUAUCAACCCCUGGACUUUCCUUCCGACUGAACUCUAGUUUCCGAACUCAGACUAGUUUGAUUAGUUCUCGUAACUUCAACGACGGAAGUUUAGAUUGUAGCUCCAGGAUUCGGUGGACGAAGGGCGCCGCGGUUCCUGGCGCUAAGAAGCAGGAAAGCUCGAGGAGAAGCGCGCAGCAGUGUGUUCUCCCGAAUAGCAGUCUCGCAGAGCGGAGUUCGGAGCUUGGAGAGGGUCAGGAGGAAAGCGUGGCGGAGGAUGCAGAUUUGUCGUCUCUGACGGAGUGGGAGCUGGAUUUCUGCUCUCGACCUAUUCUAGAUACUCGAGGGAAAAAAAUUUGGGAGCUGGUGGUCUGUGAUAGUCAGCGACAGUUGCGAUUUUCUCGUUUUUACCCCAACAAUGUAAUCAACAGUGGAACUCUUCGGGAUGCACUGGUGUAUAUUAUUCAGACCCUUGGCGUGCCGAAGCCACAGAAAAUUCGUUUUUUCAGAUCUCAAAUGCAGACCAUUAUAUCCAAGGCUUGUGCUGAGCUUGACAUACAGCCAGUUCCGAGUCAAAGGUGUCUGCAAUUGGUACGAUGGCUGGAAGAGCGAUAUGAGACUGUAUAUCAGCAACAUCCAGGCUUUCAGGAGGGUGCAGGGCCCCUUCUGCUCCUGGAAGAGCCUCUCCCGGUAGACGUUCCCGACACUCUUCGGGGUGAACAAUGGGCCUUUGUCCAGCUUCCAUUUUCAGGUGUGCUUGAAGAGAUGGCUGCAGUGGAAAGGGGUGAUACAUUUGGAAGCACGUUGGACUUGGAAACUCUAGGCAUCAAUAUUCCUCCAGAUGCUAUGAUCCCCGGUGUAGCGGUUGCAUCUUCAAGAGCCACACCUCUGGCAGCAUGGACAAACGCCCUGGAGAUUGCCUCAAUAGAUGUAGAUACAUCGCGGUCCUGCCUGAUCCUGUCAAGUGGAGUUUCUGAUCGAUGGCGUUACGCUUUUUGGCGGAGAAGCCCACAGGCUGACCAGGAAGCUAUGGCUUGGCAAGAUGCCAAAAACGAAGUUGGCGGUCUCCACUUCAUUGCUGUGCAAAAUUCUCUGGAAUCGGAGCUAUGCUCCGGAUUUUGGUUGUUGAUGAACGUUCCGAAGUCGCCAGUUUAGUGGCAGCCCUCCAAUCUGUACCCUAUAAAUUUGAUAAAUUCAAACAGUGCUCCAUAUGGAGUAGCCUGAGCUCAAGAUAAAAUUUACCUGAGUUGUAGCAUAGCCUCAUUGUUGUUGCUCAAAGCGGACGUACAGGGUUGGCACUCUACUGAUGAAAUUUUAGUGUAGUUAUGUCGUUCUCUUCGUUUGACACAUGUACUAUUUCAUAGAGCUGGUUCUUAAUAACAGCUUUCGCGUCCCAUGAUGGUUGCCUUCAACAACGGAUAUCUAAGCCGUUAUGCAAAUGCUGUUUGCAUUGUUCGUCUUAUACUCAAGGAUGUCAGGGUUAGUGUGUUGGGAGUAUGCUUUGCACAUGUAUACUUUUUCGCCCAUAGGCGUACAGAUGUCUGCUACAGCGACAAGGGCUUUGCUUUUACUUCUCGUUUCGUAGAUCUCACUAGAAAUUUUUUUCACAGGAACCUGUGCCGCGCUAAGGUUCCUGUGAUCGAUCACAUGCCAACAGUUUCCUCGCUUUUGUACAAUCUAGUGGAUAAAAGAAUCGCUAUUAUGACAAUCUUGAGUACCCAUUGACGUCUGUCAUCAGCUGGCACAUGAGUGAGCUGUACUACUUGUUUCCAACAUUCGUCCCUAAAGCGGUCCUAGGUUUUGUGUUUUCCAUUUCAUAUCCCUGCAUUGUGCAAGAGGCGAUCCCUGGGACUUAAACAUUCUUAAGUACCUGAGCGAAUUUUGUGCGCUGGAAUCAGACAGUGCUCUCGCAGAAGAUAUUGAGCUUAUUAUGUUCCAAUAGGGAACUGUUCCCGGUGCAAACCUCGAUUUGUUCCCUGAAGACCUCUUGGAAGGUCAAAAUCAUUUGACGGUAAUGGUCACCAUCCGCUGACCUAGAUAAGAAGAUGUAGGGUAGAUCAAGGAUUUCCUUCCUGAAGGUGAGUGUCUAUCAACAUCUUAACUCAGGUUUAAACCUGGGUUAGGAUUCUGAAAGUUCUAAAUGGGUGUUGCUAUUUUUUCAUGGUUGCUCAACUCAACUAUGAAAACAAAUUUUCUACUUAGAAUACCACCUCGUCUAACAGAAUGAGUUU